AUGGCGCUACGCAAAUCUGGGCAAGCGAAGGUGAAGGUAGCGCGCUACGACUUCCCCUUCUGCAUCCUCAGCCGCAAGAAAGGCCUCCCAGCCUUCCCUGUCGCCGCCGCCCUCUCCUCCACCGCCGCCGCCCUCAACGGCGCUAAGUGCCGCCCGUGCCGCCCCACCGUGGUUGGCGGGCAGGCCGCAAAAUACAUCCUCGCGCUGCCCGAGCGGAUCUUUGGCGCGCAGCCCCACGGGAUCGACCUGUGCCGGGCAGAAGACGACUGGGCGGCAGACUGGCGUGAAAUCUUCGAUAAAGACGCGGGAGAGGUCCCCGCCGCCGCCCGGCAAUACAUGGAAGCGCGAACCUUUGACGAGUGCGUGGACGACUGGCGCUACUUCCACCAGCAGGUCCCUGUCUGGAACGCCCCUCCCCCAGUCUCCAUCUGCGUACGCGGGCUUCUAGGGAAGUUCCACAAGAUGGGGUACCCGGGGGGGGAUUUCCCGGUGUUUCUGGACCCGUGGGUGGGGGCGCGGGGGGAGGCGAGGGGGAGGAAGCCGGUGGUGUAUUCGGCAGUGGCCGGGGUGGACUACAGCUUUGACUGGGCGCUGAUGCGCAAGCUGCGGUGCCGCGUGCACGCGUUUGACAGCACGCCUGAGGGCAUGCGGUGGAUCGGGGACAAGAUUGACAACCUCCCGCCCGCCUCCUGGGUGCACCAUGCGUGGCUGCUGGCGCCGCACGACCGCCCCCUGCAGGUGUACCCACUAGACAUCGAGGAGCACCCUGUAGAAUACGCCGUCACCCCGCCGCCCGGCAUGGACGGCUUGUCGCUGCCGCCGCCCAUCCAGGUGGAGGCGAUGACGGUGGAAGGCACCAUGAAGCUUCUCAACCACUCCAUCGUGGACAUCUUGAGGAUCGGCGGCCACGUGUCGCUGCAUGAAGCCAUGUUUAAGGCAUGGACUCACGCCAAGCGCGCCCCGCCCGUCUGCCAGGUCAUUGUCUCGUUCCACCACGGUGACAAGCACUAUGGGUCCGCGGAGACACAGCAAGAACUACUGGCCUUGCGCUCGUUAGGGCUUGAGCUUGGUAUGCCGCCCUACGACAUGGGGUGUGACGGCGCUCCUCUACGCAAGGCCUUCAGCACUCCCAAGCCCAACCGCGUCGCCCGUUCACCGAGUCCCGUCCCCCAGAAGUCGGUGCUGCAGGCGCAAGCGCGGCCGGCUCAGCCACAGCAACCCGCGCUCCAGUCGCAAGGAUCCUUCGGUAAGCAGCAGCAGCCGCCGCUCUACGUUCCCCUCCAGCAGUCCGGUGCCGCCGCGCCGUACAAAGUCGAUGGCAUGGCUGAGUUGACCUCUGCUGCCUCUGCUCCUCCUGCCGUGGCUCCCGGCGGCCUGCCGUCACCAAAGUCGGUGUUCGCUAAUCAUCCCGGCUCGCCGCAGCGCAACGUGGUCGAAAGUCUCUUCAAGCCGGUUGCACCCGCCGCAGAACUCGCCCGGCCCGGUUCUCCUGGCGAAGCCACAACCACACAACCCAAGCCGUUUGGGGGAAACUCGCUGUUCAAAGCGGCGGAGGUGGGCAACAUGGUGAUGCAGCAGCAGACGGCGAUGCAGGUGGCGCAGAUGACGCAGCAGAUGAACCACAUGCUGGCGGAGCUCACCGCGCUCCGCUCAACCGUGGCGGAGCUGCAGGUGCAGGUGCAGUGCGCCAAGGCGCAGGCGCAGUCGCAGGCGGUGGCGCAGAGCGAGGCGCGCGGAGCGCUGAAGGAGAGCGCGCAGCAGGUGAAGGACGCGCUGCAGGAGGGGCUGCUGGACGUCAAGGAGCUCAUCUCCUUCAAGGACGCGCAGCAGAAGGCGCGGCUGUUCAACUCGUUUAGCACGCGCGACCGCGACCCCAUGGAGCGGGUGCCCAACGACGCCGGCGAGCUGCCGGUUAGGUUCCCGGCUACCCGGAAGGAGCUGACGGCCAUGUCGCUGGACACGAUGCAGUACCUCUUCGAGUUCUACCAGCUGCCCAAGGAGCCGCAGGACACGCUCUACGACCGUUUGAUGAAGCACAUCGGCCAAUCCUUCCUAUCCCCUGCUGCCACCACAUCCUUUUCCCUUCCUCCCACUUUUCCCUUCUUCCAUCCUUCUCCUUCCCGUCUCUCCCUUUCUCUCUCACCCUAUUUCUCCCUCCUUCCUCCUCUCCCUCACUUCCUAUCACCACCCUCUCACUACACUCUCAAGACCCUCCCUCCUCCUGUAUUGUCCUCGCACCAUGCCAUGGAAGACAAUCCUCUCCCCUGCUGCCACCAGCCUCUUCCAUUCCCUUUCUUCCUCUCUCCCUUCCUCCAUCUCCCCCUCUCUCUGCUCCCCUCUUUCCACCUCUCCUUUCUUCCCUCUCUCUGCCUCUCCCUCUUGCACCCUCUCUCUGCCAACUCACUACCCCUCACCGCCCUCCGCCCUUCCAUCUCACGGUGCGCCCACCUUGCUGUGCAGAGCCAUCUUCUCCUCGUAGCCAGCACCCACCUGCCCUCGUCUCCCUCUCCCUGA